GGUUGCAGCCGUGAACGCGCGACUCGGAGCACUAGAGACCACAUCCGUCAAGCGGAGGAGAGAACGUGACCGUGAGACCGGCGCGCGCUAGCUUUUUCCAUCAUUCGCACCAUGCAGCUCUCCUUGGCACUCUGCAUCAUCAGUGCUGCACUCAGCGAUGCGCUGGCGCCGACGCGCCGUCGCACCGCUCUCAAAAAGCUGUCGGUCGGUGCGAUCAGUCUUACCAGCGCUCAACGCGCCGUCGCCGCGACGAAUGCCGAGGCGGAGAAAGUUAGGGUGGCGUCACGCGAGCUCACCGAAUUGCUUAAGAACGAGGACGCGCUGCGGUUCAAGGUUCUCGUCGAGGGUAGCGGCAAGCUGCCGAUAGCAGUCAGCUUCAUAACCUUCCAGAAGCUCGAGAAGGAUUGCGGCGACGACUUCAUGGGCGCAGCUAUUGAAUACGCCGAGACGUACAAGGACGCGAAGGAUCUCGUGAAGCUCGCAAGCCCCGGCGUCCGCGCACACCAUCGCGCGGACGUCGCGCCGACGGCGUCUCAUCACACAGGCGGUGCUCAGCAAGGGCGACGGCGGCGGCCCGGACGUCGCGACGCGCUACUACGAGCGCGCGCUGCCGAACCUCAAGGAGGCGUCCGAAAAGCUCGACGCCUUGGUCAAGCUGUUGCCGAAGUAGUCAUGUUGUGUUAAGGUUAAAUAUAAAACUUCUA